UAUAUAUAUAUAUCAAUUGCUGCAAACUUCGGCGGUGUGUGCCUUUUCCACGUUUUUGGUGCAGGUGCAGGGAGCAGAGAUUUUCCAGAUUUCGCCCCCACAUUAGAGCCACUAGAGCGGCAACUCUUUGAGCACAGGACAACCAGGCAUCAGCGGGUAGCACAGUGGGCGCAGCGCGUGUCCGCAAGCAGCAGCAGCAACUACCGGCCGAAACGUGGGAUUAGCAGAACCGCAAAUCGCGAAAAUGGAGGCACAGAAACUCACGGAACUGUUGCGCGCAACUAUUGAUCCAAAUCCGGAGCAGCGCAAGGCCGCCGAGGAUCAACUGGCCCAGAUACACAAAAUCAUUGGAUUUGUGCCCACCAUACUGCAGAUCGUGAUGCAGACGACUGUGGAGCAGCCGGUCCGCCAGGCGGGAGCUGUCUACCUCAAGAAUUUGAUCAACAGCAGCUGGGCUGACCACGAGGCCAAGCCGGGCGAGCCCAUACCCUUCUCCAUUCACGAGCAGGACAGGGCCAUGAUUCGCGGUGCCAUCGUCGACGCCAUCGUGCAUGCUCCCGAACUGAUCAGGGUUCAGCUUUCCGUCUGCGUAAAUCACAUCAUCAAGAACGAUUUCCCCGGACGCUGGCCACAGGUGGUAGACAACAUCAGCAUCUACUUACAAAACCAGGAUGUUAACGGCUGGAACGGAGCCCUGGUGACCAUGUACCAGCUGGUAAAAACUUACGAGUACAAGCGCAGUGAGGAUCGAACGCCGCUGAACGAGGCAAUGAAUCUGCUACUGCCUAUGAUUUACCAGCUGAUAGUGCGCCUGCUGGCUGAGCAGUCCGAGCAGUCGGUGCUAUUGCAAAAGCAAAUCCUAAAGAUCUACUACGCCCUGACGCAGUUCAGUCUGCCGCUAGACCUCAUCACCAAGGAGAUCUUCUCCCAAUGGAUGGAGGUCUGCCGUCAGGUGGCCGAUCGCGAUGUGCCCGACAGCUCGCAUCUCGAUGACGACGAGCGAACGGAGUUCCCCUACUGGAAGACCAAAAAGUGGGCCCUUCACAUCAUGGUCCGCAUGUUCGAGCGCUAUGGAAGUCCCCAAAAUGUGGUUAGUGAAAAGUACCAAAAAUUCAGCGAAUGGUAUCUGCCUACGUUCAGCCAGGGCGUCCUGGAGGUGCUAUUGAAAAUCCUUGACCAGUACCGGAACGGAGUCUACGUUUCGCCGCGAGUCCUCACCGAUGUGCUCAACUAUUUGAAGAAUGCUGUUAGCCACGCCUAUACCUGGAAGCUCAUUAAGCCCCAUAUGGUGGCAGUUAUCCAGGAUGUGAUCUUCCCCAUUAUGUCAUUCACGGACUCCGAUCAGGAGCUCUGGGAGAGCGAUCCCUACGAGUACAUUCGCCUUAAGUUUGACAUCUUUGAGGACUAUGCCACACCAGUGCCGGCUGCCCAAUCCCUACUGCAUUCCAUCUGCAAGAAGCGCAAGGGUAUCCUGCCCAAGGCCAUGGCCACAAUUAUGCAAAUAAUUACCUCACCGAAUGCGGACAACAAGCAGAAGGAUGGUGCCUUGCACAUGAUCGGAACGCUGGCGGACGUACUGCUGAAGAAGGCCCUGUACCGCGGUCAAGUUGAAUCCAUGCUGACCACAUACGUGUUCCCAGAAUUCCAAAAUUCUGCCGGACAUAUGCGGGCGCGUGCGUGUUGGGUGCUGCAUUACUUCUGCGACGUGCAGAUCAAGAAUCCCCAGGUGCUGGCUGAGAUCAUGCGGCUGACCACCAACGCCCUGCUCACCGACAAGGAGCUGCCUGUUAAGGUGGAAGCGGCCAUUGGCCUGCAGAUGUUCCUAUCGUCCCAGAACGAGGCGCCGCAAUACGUUGAGAGCCAAAUCAAGGAGAUCACCAAGGAGCUGCUCACCAUCAUCCGCGAGACGGAGAACGAGGAUCUGACGAAUGUGAUGCAAAAGAUCGUGUGCACCUUCACCGAGCAGCUGCUGCCGGUCGCCACCGAGAUCUGCCAGCAUCUGGCCACUACCUUUAGUCAGGUUCUUGAAUCCGAAGAGGGUUCGGACGAGAAGGCCAUCACGGCCAUGAGCCUGCUCAAUACAAUCGAGACUCUGCUUAGUGUAAUGGAGGAGCAUCCCGAAGUCCUACUUAACCUGCAUCCGAUCGUCAUUAAUGUAGUCGGACACAUUUUCCAGCACAACAUCACGGACUUUUAUGAGGAAACCUUUUCGCUGGUCUACGAUCUAACGGCCAAGGCUAUCUCGCCCGAGAUGUGGCAGAUGCUGGAGCUGAUCUACCAGGUGUUCAAGAAGGACGGUAUCGACUACUUCAUUGAUAUUAUGCCGGCGCUGCAUAACUAUGUGACAGUCGACACGCCGGCCUUUCUGUCCAAUCCAAACAGGCUUUUGGCUAUUCUAGACAUGUGCAAGACGAUGCUCACUAGCAAUCCUGGCGAGGAUCCCGAAUGUCAUGCCGCCAAGCUGAUGGAAGUGAUUAUCCUGCAAUGCAAGGGCCAGAUUGACUCCGUGAUUCAUCUGUUUGUGGAACUGGCCCUGUCCCGUCUAACGCGCGAGGUGCAGUCCUCUGAGCUGCGCACCAUGUGCCUGCAAGUGGUUAUUGCGGCGCUCUACUACAAUCCCCAGUUGCUGCUUUCCAUUCUGGACAAGAUGUCGCAACAGAACAACGAAUCAAUUAGCGCACACUUUAUUAAGCAGUGGCUUCAUGACACUGACUGUUUCCUGGGCAUUCACGAUCGGAAGCUGUGUGUCCUAGGUCUCUGUACCCUCAUUUCCCUGGGCGAAGCCAAGCCACAGGUGCUGAGCGAGGUGGCCGGCAAGAUUGUGCCCGCCCUCAUUUUGCUUUUCGAUGGAUUAAAGCGCGCCUAUGAAUCUAGGGCCCAGGAGGAGGAGGAAGAGGAAGAGGAGGAGGAUGGCGAUGACUGCGAGGAGGCUUUGUCUAGCGACGAGGAUGACAUGGAUGAGAUGGCACCGGACUAUCUGGACAAGUUGGCUGAAUUCACCAAGACGAAAGGCGACGCUGCUGGCUUCGAGAUCAAGGCCGAGAUUAAGGACGAAGAUGCAGACUCGGACAGCGAGGCGGAAGAGUCGAUUGGUGAUCUGAACGAAACCGGCCUGGAGUCUUUUACAACGCCCAUCGAUGACGAGGAAAACGAGACGGCUAUCGAUGAGUACUGGACGUUCAAGGAAGUUAUUACUGCACUUUCCGCACAGGACCAGGCCUGGUAUGCGCUCCUCACUUCAAACCACCCCGAGCAGGCCAAGGCGCUGCAAGAGGUGGUGGUGACCGCCGACCAACGCAAGGCUGCCAAGGAGUCAAAACUGAUAGAGAAGCAGGGCGGCUUUGUUCCACAGACCGCCGUGCCCUCGUCCUUCAAGUUCGGCUCGUAACUGAAUUGACUAGAUCUGACUUGAUUGUUUCUCAUAUUCUUUCCAAACAAAAAAAAAGUAACAUCGAAAAAAACACAUCUUGCAUGCUGAUGAUGGCUUUAAAGCAUUCAUUCUCCUGGUUUUCGUACACUCCGUGUACCAAUGCAUGCUGCGCUGCCUUGAAUCGGACCGGUCCGAUCAGGCGGCGUCCAGACGGCACUAUAUAUUUAUUGUAGAUUUAUAUUUUAUUAUUUCCUACUUCUUGGCAUGCUCGGCUGCCAACUAAAUUAUGAUAACAAUAAGUCGAAAGUCCAUUGUAAAUCUUUGUAUGUAAACAAAUCGAAACGAAAACAAACAAACACGUCGAGGACGAGAAGGUCUCAUGAAAUGAGAUUUCGUGCGCACCCGCACGCCCCCCA